AUGUGGACAGCUUGCAUGGGAUUUUUUCUUUCCAGCAUGUUGCUGGACCUCUUGUGGGUUCACAAGUACAACGCGGCAAUCCGGCAGAAAAUUUUGGGAAGAAAGGGUGAGACUACAAAUACUAGAGCAAUAGUGUUGUGGUUUUCAAUUUCUUGCCAGUCGCCAAGCGAAAUGGAGUACUCUCGAUUUCAUCAUGCAAUGUGUAGAGGUGAGUCGAGCCGGCGGUGUGCUUUGCGGGACUAA